GAACUUUUUCCACUCACGUCAGACAUGCCAUGGCUGACUUCAUGCAGUGUUAAGGUAAUGUAAGUUAAUGUCUCAUCAAUGUUUUGUCAUAACUGCCACCUAGUAACCAGAAUAUUACACAUCACUUGUAUUUCAAUAUGUUUUGACUGAUAAUGUCUACCACAAAACAAUCAUUUAUUAAUUAAUCAAUUUCUGAAAGAACGCAAUAUAGUGAGGGAGCGAUAAUCAAACCACGCUAUUGCGAGGGAUGACCGUGUCUCAAAAGGUAAAGGCAAGUUAACACACAACAGAAGAUGAGGUAUGAUGCCACUUUUAAGAUAAUGAUCAAUGAAAUCGGGCGUCUAAGAAAUAUAUCCUUUUUUUAACGCAAUCUACCUGUCAAUUACAUUGAAAACGUGAUUUUUAAUAUUUUGUCAAAUGUGUGCAAAGGAUUUUUUUGUGAAUUUAAAAAUAUGUAUUAUUAAACAGGUCUUGAAAAGAGGGAUCGCCUUAUAUUCAGAGUUGUCUUAUAUUAGGUCAGUACGGUUAAUUUCUAACAACUGAGUCCACAGCUGGUAUUGAUUGUUAAUUGCAUCUUGAAGCAACUGAACUACUCCACGAAUAAGAAGUUGCAACCAGCAAAAGCAACAUGACACCAGCUAUGGAAAGUUGAGUUACAUCCUAUUUUCCCCUUAGAUGAACAAGGAAAUUUAGUCAAAUGCCCAUCCCUAAUCACAACCAUACUUUUUUUUGUAACCGGCAGUUAAAAUAAAAGAAUACAACAGGUACCUUUUUUCAGUUUCUGGAACGAUGUGAUCUUCCGAGGGAUUUUGGGCUUACGGUCUUUACAAACCACCUGCUCAGGAGUCAGGACAUGGCGCGCUUUGUAGGUCAGUCCAACCCUGUGAAGAUGUCCUCUCACGUGAUUGGACAAGCCCACUCCCGACUGGAAGACCGCAGGACAGUACGGGCAGCUCUUGCGGUCCAGUUCCAGCUCUGACAUGUCUUCUGCUAUGGAUUCUUGCAGUGGCAUUGGAUGAGAGUCAAAGGCUUCUUGAAACACUUCUGUUUCGAUGCAUUCUUCUUUUAUUGUAGGGUCGCUCUGCUCCUGCUCCGUGUUUUUUGCUUUCUCAAAAAGCUGUUUUGAUGCUUGCAGAGCACCACGUAUUGACAUUCUUCUGCUAUAGGUAUAAAUUAAAUUAUGAUUUUCUGGAUUGACACCAUUGUCAAAAAUGUUGGCAUCUGUAUCUUUUAGAUGGAAAGUGUCUUUUCUGUUAUAGUCAUCAGCAUCUCCUUGGUUUAGUCUCUUCGGGCUUGGCACAGGUUUUGGCAAGAUGAAACAUGAGUCUUGGUCAGAAGUGUUGCGGUACGGGGUGGACAUCUUUCUUUUAGAUGGGGACUUCCUGAUGGGCGACUGAUGUAGGUUGCAAUUGGAAACUCUUUCCGCCUCAUGGGAUGAUCCUGUGAGGCCAUUUGGAGAUAACACUGUAUUUUCCCUAACUGGAGGGGCUACCUGAUCAGAACCUUCUUUUUCACAACUCCAAUCAGUUACAGAUGUGCCGCAUGCGUUUUCUUUCCUCUGCACUGCAGUCUUCCUUCCAUGUUUUUGUCGGGACAGUAGAACAUUAAUGGAUUUAUCCAAUUUGGAUUCAGUUAGUUGAGACUUUAGACCUCGCCUGAUCUUGUUACUUUUAAAUAAAUCCGAAAUGUCGCUUGGCUCAGCGGGCAAACAAGCCCUUUUUGAAGAGACUUGAUUUUUUAUCAUAAUUUUUGAGGUCAACUCUGCAUCUUCUGCUUCUGUGCAAGAAGCAAUGUGCUGCUCUUCGGAUGGUUGUAUGUUUUUCUCAGCAUACUGUGCAGAUUCAUAUUCCUCAAACUCUUGUUGGUGGCGACGCAGCAGGUGAUUUUUAAAAACAUUUUUGCUAAAAGCUUUGUAAGAACAAAUGUGGCAAGAGAAGGUUUUCGAGUCACUGUCCCUGAUUUGCUUUCUAACCGCGUUUACAGUGUGCUGUACGAUGUCAUGUCUCAGAAGAUCAUGCCUGCUCUCGGUCCUGUAGCUACAUUUGUCACAUUGAAACUUUCUCUUGUCGUGGGUUUUUGCAUGUUGAACAAACGUGUUGGGGCAGUUUGUUCUAAAUGGACACUGCGGGCAGAAAAGCUUUGCAUCGUUAUCCUCAUUGUUCUUCUCCGCCCAUCCUUUCAGUUCGUCGGGGAGCCUUGAUCUUUUUUCAUGGUGCACACGCAUGUGCUCAAUCAGGAGACUACUUUGUCUGAAAGAAUCGCCACAUUCUCUGCACAUAAAGGUCUUUGGCAAAUUAUUUGGUGGGUCUUCAUGAGUUUUCAUAUGACGUUGCAAAUGAUAGGCCUUCUUGAAAAUGAGCUUACAUUUUGAGCAUGGGUGACGAGAUGCUUUCUCCUCUGAAUGCGAAUUCACUGUGAGCCUCCCAUUCAACGAUGAAAGGCCAUGGCUUGGGUUAUCUUCAUGUGAAUGUCUUCCCGGUACGUUGCAGAGAACUUGCUUGAUGGCUUUCAUGGUUCCAUUGGGAUAACCUGGAACGUUCACUGUCUGGGAUGUCUGCAGCUUAGAGAAAGUCCUUGCCUGUCUGACAUCUUUGAGAGGAACUGAGUCCACUUGGUCUUCCGUAUGAGAAAAAUCCUCAGGUGACUUGCGACUCAAAUCUGAAUACACGUCCUCUGAGGGAUCCAUCAUGACAACCAUGUCCAUUUUGCAUUUUCUUCUGUUCUGGUUGUUUAGAGGAUGCACUUCCUCUUGAGGUUCCUGACCUGAGGAAUCAUUGUGAUUCUCCCACAGAAGCUGCAUAAACUCUUUAUGAGGGUCCCAUUGGAUGUCACUGGGGCUACUGAAAUCAUCUGACGAGUUCGCCGGCAAAUCCACAUCAAAGCCCCAAAUUCCAGCAGUAUCUAUUUCUUGCACAGUUUUUAACUGGGUGAUGCUUUUUUCCUCAUCUUUUUCUAUGGGCAUGCUGUUGAGUUCAUCAGCCUGUGUGGCCUCUUGUAAAGAAAGUCCAUUUCCUAAGCCAAUUGGAGACAACAUGUCUGUGUUUGACAGAACAUCUAGGACAGUGGAUUGCUUUAGAGUCUGUUUGUCCAAAGAAUCAUUGCAAGAGGUUGAUUCUUCCGCCAUUUUCACUGAUUCUUGCAGAAGGAUGAGGGCGUUAAUGUCAGGCUCUGCAUCUUUGUCAUCUCCAUCAACACCUGCCAGACAUGACAUUUCAGCUGCCAUGGCCUAAAAGACAGCAAAAGAAGUAAAAGAUUUUUUUUCAACAAAAAAAACCUGGACGACUCCGCUGAUUAGUUCAACACAUUUCAUAUGGUCAAUUGAUGUGUAGUUUGCAUUUUCUGUCAGUAUGCUUCCAUGCACUAAAUUAGUCAGAUUAUUUCUCCAUUUUUCACAUCUCAGCGUGAGGUCCCUGUUUAUAUGCACAAUCGCCCCUGCGAUUAUUGGCCAUACGUUGAAUGCUAGAUGGCGCUUAUGUUUCUUUCAGCACGGGCAAAGUUUAGCGUUUCCAAUUGACCUGUUAUGUCAAAUAUAAACAAAGCAUCGCGGCCAGCAUUUCCCAGAUUUGUUGAUGAUAAGCGACUUGAGCUGUUUUUUGUAAAGACGUUUGCAACUUCCCAAGUUUCCUGUUUUGAAUUUUUUUUUUUGUAAAGUCGCUUGCAAAUUUAGACAGUUUAGAUUGCAGCUAAAGAUACAUCCAUGAAACAUGCACACAUAUUAGCUUAGCUACAAAAAAACACCUAACAUUGACACAUAUCAGCUACUAGCAAUGUGUAUGCAGAGAACAUUUUGCAAUUUCUACACAAUCAUGACCCACUUGGCCACAAUUAAUUACGGGUUACAUUCCCGCCAUGGAGACUGGCGUGUGCACAGAACGCCAGCUCCGCUCCAGUACCACGGACAUAUAAGAGAGAGAAUUAGUUUCCAAGCGCUUAAUCUAGGUAUGUUAAUCUGACUUUUAAAAAGCCAAACACGAUCUCGAUUAAGGCAUUUACAUGCAUGUUUAAAAUGUAGUUUUAUGCAAAUUCAUGCAAUAAUUUGUUGGGUUUUUUUGAGCACGCAAACAUACUGAGUGUGUGGUUGAAUGGGUUCUUUCUGGGUUUCCUUCCCAGAGUCCAAAAACAUACUACGUAUUGUUAUGUUAGUUCAACUAAACACUCAAAAUUAGCCAAUUUCCACCAUGGACAAACUACAGUUUGACUAAAAUGCCCAAAAGCGUGAAAGUGUGAUAUAAUUUUUAUAAAAACUUCAUGGUCCUCUGAUAAGAAACAAAAACUUCAUAGUCCUCUGAUGAUAAACUAAUCCAUAACAGUGUAGUAUGCAUGCCACGCCAAUAGAUGGGGAUGUAACGCUGAAAGCCUUCAAAAACAUCAAAGAAAGAUGAUCGUCUGCAGAAAACCACAUAUAGUUUGGUAGUCUGCCAUUGUUCCUGCUGUCUUCCUGCUCACACAGUAAUAUUUAUCUAUAAGUAAAAUACACAUGCGUGAACUGAGGCCGGGAGGCUACAGUCUUUACAGUAAUCACAUAUUGCAAGCCACUACUGUACAUGAACAAACCAAUAUGUACACAACCGUUUAUGUGUAACCACAACUGAUUUUGUGUCUUGCCUAAAAUGCAGUUGGGAUCAGGUUAUUCAAGCGUUACUGCUCCAAUUAGCGGUGUUUACAAGCUACUUAGCUUGCUAAUGCAUCGUACAUGGCCAUUGCUUAAAUGUUUAAUUGAAACCAUUUAUGAAGGACAGAAGGAAGUCCGAUGUCUCGGAAGUGCAGGGCAAUAUAAGUGUCACAAGAAGUGAGUGCAUCAUCACAAAAUACGAGGAGAGCAUCAACACAGCAGAGACAAAACAGAGGGUUAAAUGACAAUAAUGGCUUUUGACAAUCGCCUUUGAAUUGUGUAAAACUUUCGCCAGCGUAGUUUAUAGAUGUAAUGCCGGCUAACAAUGUAGUUGAUGCCGGAGUUAUGGACGUAUUGGUAGAUCAUUGUUUCCUAAUAUUUCUGCCAUUAAUAUUAGCCUGUGUUGUUGGAUGCUGCUGGCAUGAGCUGCAGACCAUUCCAACAAGGCUGUUCCAUACCAAAAAAACCCAUUACCGAAGCUAAACUGCAGCUAAUGGCAAAUACCACUCACUCGAUUCGACACGGAUGGCAAUGAAAUGUUAAAAACGAGCACAUAUUACCUCCCAACUGUGUGGAUGGAGACUGGACGCAAGGAAUACGGAGCAUUUGACAAAUUCUGACUUUCGUCUUCCAUCUACUUCACAGUCGCCAUUUUCCGUGGUGGUCUGGUGUGGCACAGAUCAUUUAUUUUUUUAAUGGGUAACCGUGCACAUGUUUUCCCGCACAGCACCAAAACCAACGAAGUGGACAUUCGCAGGGUUGUAAUGUGAACAAUUUGUGCUAAGUGUCGAAUCAAAGCUACGUGUGUUGCUGUCGCUUUGAAUUUAGCCACGUAAUGUUUGGAGUCGGCGCUUGUACCCCCGCAAAGUGCUAAGAAUGGUACGUUCCACAUAGAACGCAUAAAAGAGAGUUAAUGCCCAUCCCCUGUAGGUGGCAGAUUUUGGUAUCAUAAUGGUGAAUAACCGUCGUUAGACUAGUUUAAUCGGCGCCGAAAUGCAGUUAACAGCUGCGGGGGUUAUUAUUUUUGAAAAAUUAAAACACAAUGGGUUGGUUAAAGAAAGUUAGCUGACAGACAGGCAUUGAUGAUGAAGACUGGAGAGACGUUACCAUAAUGCCCCCAUAGCUGCCUUGGUAUGGCUCUUUGUUGCCCUGAUGGAUUAGUCUGUUGUAACAUUGCCUAUUUAAAAACUAUACGUCACCUAAUUAAUUGGAGGACACAAAAGUCUCAUUCUUUUGUCAUGACAAACUUUCAGCAUGAUCAACAUUAAUCAAUUACAUGUGCAUGGAAGCCUUGAAUAUGCCUGAUUUCCCCCCCGUUGCAUUAAAAAAUUGUUUUUUUCCCACACAAUUAUAAUUAUUCUGCCCGUAUAUUUUUAAAAAGUGCCAUACCUGAGAUUAAAAUUAGUAAGGUGCCAAAUAAUACGGUUGAUAGCGAUUUUAAUUUGCGGAUCAUUCAAACUGGCAAUGAGGGCGACUACUAAAAUUUCUAAUGGUUAGAUUAAUGACAAAUAUAUGGCGUCAUUGUAUAGCAUUCUUGAACGGAACAAUUUGUGAACACAGUGACACCCCUUCAAUCGACAAUGAAUGGGUUUUCCAACUCAGAUGACUGCACCUUGUCCUUGGACAAUCUAUUUCAUGAGAAACCCAUUGUCCACAAAGUAAAGCCACUGCACCAGGAGGCCAGUGCAUGGCAGCUGGAAUCACCUCCGUCUCUUUCACAGAUUCCAACCACUCAGGUCAUGCAGGAAGGGGCAGAGUCGCUAGCUGCACUGUGCAAAUUCACAGGUUUCUCACAAAAGAAAAGAUCAGCUGGCAAUUUCUGUGGGUUAAGCAGCGUUGAGAAAGACAACGAGGAGAUCCAAGAUGGCAGCUGCAGCACCGGCAGAUACGAGUCCCUUUGGGGAGGUGAAGGCUUCAGCACCAUAGCUGAAGAUGAAAGUCUGCAGGACGCUGAUCAAGGAACCGUCAGCAUGAAAUAUUUAUCUGUGGGCAAGAAUAAAGGUCCACCUCUGCAGAGAAGCUUGUUCAAGGUUCCUGCAUUGAGCGGCGUAAGUGACUCGUCCAACACAAAUGACCUCUGCAGCAGCGACAGCAGCGGUCGCCAGACAGCAGCCAGACCUCAAACUUUUCCCAGUGUGGUUACCAUGGCAACAGCGCCUCCUCCUCAUCAGCCACCACCACGGGUGACAUUUAGCCAGGCCGCUCCUCCUUCCCCCUUGAAGAAUCCCUUCCUCCCCCUUGCUUUGGGCUCGUCUGCAUCGAGUGUCAGAUCCCCCCAGCAGACGGCACAUGCAGAAAUGCAGAACAAGGGCACAAAGAGAGCCUUGGUAACCCCCAUGACGCCUCAACCGCUCCACAUUCAAGGGUCUUCAGAAUCUGACAUUUUGCGCCCGGUCUCAGAAAUCCCCGCUAAGUUCAGACCUGUAUUCGAUGAGUUCCCCUUUUUCAACUAUGUCCAGUCCAAAGCUCUUGAUGAUGUUCUUUAUACGGACAAGAAUUUUGUGGCAUGUGCACCUACUGGAUCUGGUAAAACAGCACUGUUUGAACUCGCCAUCAUUCACCUGUUGAUGGAGACCUCAGAGCCCUGGAGAGAUGUCAAAGCUGUAUAUAUGGCUCCCAUCAAAGCUCUCUGCAGUCAGUGCUUGGAGAGCUGGACGAAGAAGUUUGGACCUCUGGGGCUCAACUGCAAGGAGCUGACGGGCGACACAGAGAUUGAUGACUUCUUUGAAAUUCAGGACUCCCACAUCAUCCUCACCACCCCAGAAAAAUGGGACAGCAUGACAAGAAAGUGGAGGGAUAACUGUCUGCUGCAGUUGGUCAGGCUCUUCCUUAUAGAUGAGGUUCAUGUCGUGAAGGAUGCAACUCGUGGUGCCACUCUGGAAGUGGUGGUUAGCAGAAUGAAGGCUGUGCAUGCAUACAGGACAGCCCAAAACCCAGACACAGCCCUCUCUAUGAGGUUUGUGGCUGCGUCAGCCACUAUACCCAAUAUUUCUGACAUAGCAGACUGGCUUUCCAGCGAGAAAGGUCCCGCUACAUAUUUGGAGGUGGAUGAGAGCCACCGUCCAGUGAAGCUGAGGAAGGUGGUGUUAGGAUUCCCCUGCAGUCCAAACCAAACAGAGUUCAAGUUUGAUUUGUCUCUCAACUACAAGAUGGCCAAUGUCAUACAGACUUAUUCUGACCAGAAGCCUGCUUUAGUGUUUUGCUCCACUAGGAAAGGAACCCAGCAGUCGGCUGCCGUUCUGGCUCAGGAUACACGGUUUAUUAUGCCGUUUGAACACAAGCAAAGGUUGAAGAAAUAUGCACAGGGCAUUGUAGAUUCAAAAUUGAGAGAUCUUGUGAUGCUAGGAGUUGGUUACCACCAUGCUGGAGUUGACAUGUCAGACAGAAAACUGAUAGAAAACGUCUUCGCUCUGGGAGACCUGCCUGUCCUUUUUACCACACGCACACUGGCCAUGGGAGUCAACCUGCCAGCUCAUCUGGUGGUGAUCAAGUCCACAAUGCAGUAUACUGCAGGCUCCUGUGAAGAGUACAGCGAGGCUGACCUGCUGCAGAUGAUUGGCCGGGCUGGGAGACCACAGUUUGACACAUCCGCCACGGCAGUGAUCAUGACCAAAGUGCAAACCAAAGACAAGUAUAUGAAACUGAUGAACAGGGUGGAAAUUCUCGAGAGCAGUUUGCACAGUCAUCUGGUGGAGCACCUCAAUGCUGAGAUAGUUCUGCAAACCAUCAAUGACGUCAACAUGGCUCUGGACUGGAUACGCUCCACCUUCCUCUACAUCCGAGCACUGAAGAAUCCAUCACAUUAUGGUUUCUCUGCUAACUUAGACAGAUGUGGAAUUGAAGCAAAACUUCAAGAGCUGUGCCUGAAGAAUCUCAACUCUCUGUCGUCUAUUGGAUUGAUCAGUAUGGAUGAGGACGUCAACAUUAAACCGACAGAGGCUGGCCGGUUGAUGGCGAGGUGCUGUGUCGCCUUUGACACCAUGCAGCAGUUCCAAAAAGUGUCUGGCACUGAGAACCUGUCUGACCUUAUCGAUGUGGUGUCGAAGAGCAGAGAGUUCACUGACAUCCAGUUGAGAAUGAAUGAGAAGAGACCCUUGAAUAUCUUGAACCGGGACAAGAACAGGAUUACCAUCAGGUUUCCAAUGGAAGGAAAGAUCAAAAGCAGUGAUAUGAAAGUGAAUUGCUUGAUUCAAGCUCAGUUGGGUUCCAUCUCAAUUCAGGAGUUUAGCCUCACACAGGACACAGCAAAAAUCUUCAGGAAUGGGUUGCGAAUCACCAAGUGCCUUUUUGAAUUCCUGAGUCAGAAUUCCAAGAUUGGGUUCAGUGCUCUGCUCAACUCUCUGAUUCUGGCCAAAUGUUUCAGAGCCAAGCUGUGGGAGAAUUCGCCUUAUGUUUCUAAACAGCUUGACAAGAUAGGUCAGACUCUUUCAACGGCUAUGGUGAAUGCUGGACUCACCACAUUCAGCAAGAUAGAACAAACCAACGCAAGAGAGAUUGAGCUGAUUCUCAACAGACAUCCACCAUUUGGAAACCAAGUCAAAGAAUUUGUCAUGCACCUCCCCAAGUACGAGGUCACCUUGGAGCAGCUGCCGAGAUAUAGCUCCAGUAUAGCUGAGAUUAUUGUGAAGGUGAACCUCAAAAACCAAGCACAGCUGCUGUCCAGGAGAACAGCUCCGAACCACCACUACGUGUCCCUGAUCAUUGGAGACUCUGACAACAAUUGUGUCUUCCGGCAAAAAUUUACUGACCUAACGCUGUUGAAGUGCAGUUGCUGGUCAAAGAAGAUCGAGGUGGCAAAGGCGUUAAAGGGAGAUGAGAUCAGUGUUAAUCUCAUCAGCUCAGAAUAUGUUGGCCUAGACAUCCAGCAGAAAUUCAAUGUGUAUUACUCUGGAGCCCGCAGGUUUGAAACUGAUAAUCUGUACAACACGUCAUAUGAUUGUGCUGGACGAAGGCCACAACAGUCAUCACCAAAUCCACAGUGUGUUGACAAAGCUGCACCCCUGAGGGGAAACACCACAUCUUCCACACAGCAAGAUGGUGGUAAUAAAAGACAGUGUAACCACCUCUGCAAGAAUAAAGAGCAGUGUGGCCAUGACUGCUGUAAAAUAGGUGUAGCCGUGGUAAGAAAGAGGCUGACCAACCAAGAAUCUGGGUUUUCCUUGUAUUUGAGAGAUCUGAGGAGUCGGUGUGACACACUUUCACCCACUCCUGUGAAACGACUCAAGAUGAAAAUGAAUGAGGAGUCUGUCGGUGUCGACAUGCAGCAGUUUUCAUACAAAGCUAAGAAACUGCCCGCUGUAUCCAGCAAUGCCAGGUAUCGCGGUGCUCCCACUGAGACGAGAACAAGAGAAGAUUGUUCACAAUGUUCACACAGUUCUUAUCAGGGUGACUAUGAUGACGAUGCUGCUGUUGUAGACACACACAGAACAAUGGAGAAGGCAGUCCACGCUGACAUCGCAGAUCAUAUCCACCAAGGUUCCAGUGGGUGGAGGAAUGCUGGAUUGGAUGCUGCUAGACCCUGGCAAGUGUCCCAUCAGGGCAAUCACAGCAACAAUGACAUACUGUCACAAAUACCAAGUGUCAACUUUGACCUUGGAAAUGAUUGGGACGACUGGAGCGAUUUUGAUGACGAGAACUUGGUUCAUGCCAGCGACACAUCACAGAGGUUAUGUGUCCCUGCCACAAGUGCAAUUCAUCAGUCGGCUGAGUGCAGCAUAGCCUACCUGAGUGCAGGUUACAUUGCUCCAUCACCACAUGUAACCAGUGCCAGGCCCCCACUGAGGUCAAUUUCCCAGACAGCAUUAAACAAACCCGAACCCUCACACAUCACAGGCAGACACGAGAACCAAAUAAAGUAUCCAAACAAGUUAAGUAAAGGGCUGGCAGUAACGGCACCAGAGAGACAAACUGCAACCUGUGUGGCUCCACUUGUGCAGCGGUUUGAUUUCUUCUCAACAAUGAGUGUGCCAUUUGAUGCCACCACGACUGACAACAGCAGCACCAACACCAAAGAAGAAGAAGCUUUUAUAGGGAUAUUUGAUGGUAUAUUUUAGAACUUCCGGAUGACUAGUUUACAUAAAUGCUCUUAAAUGCACGUUGCAGCCUGUUUGAAAUACCUGUAGGUAUAUUGUUGAUGUUUUUG